AUGAACAACGCCGGCCACAGCACACGCACCAUCCUGUUGUCAAAGAAGGAGUCCGGCUGGCUGAUUAUAAGCCGCAGAAGCGCGGGGAACAUUGAUCCACUGGCUGAGGAUAAGUCGAGUGGACACUCUCAUCUCAAGGCUUUCAAUAUCGCCAACCUGACGGCAUCCAGCCCUCCGUAUGACUUCACGGCUGAUGGGAGACUUCUCGGGUGGGGUAUGAGGAAUGCGGUCGGAGUGGGGAGGAACCAACCACUGGAGGCAUCUUCACCGUGGAGAACUCUGCGGACGAUGUCGCCCGAAGUGGAACAGACAUCCACGCCACCAACCCGGGUGAGGAGAUGA